AUGGCCGAAGGUGCUGAGCCGGAGAGGUUGCAGUGCUUCGGUCGCAGGAAGGCGGUCGUGGCGGUGGCGCCGGUGCGCGCGGCGAGGGAGGGCGCCAAGGGCGGCCAGGUCCGCAUCCACGGCUGCCCCAUCACCACGGUGAAGCCCGCCGUCCUGCGCGCGAAGGUCGGUGGCGACCAGACGCCCACCGCAGACCUCACAGGUGGCUGCCCAGCCAGAGUUGCUGCCAUGGCGGGCGGCGGCGCGCCCUCCGCGGUCGUGCCCUUCUCCGUGUGCGGCUGCAGGAAGAACACGCCGUGGUUCCAGUGGUGCAAGGCGCGCCACAGGGUACGGCCAUCGUGUUCCGCCCCGCCUUCCAGCAAUCAUCAAGACUACCUGGAUGCUCUCGCCAAGCACUUCCAGGGCGUGGACGACAUCCCAGGUGCUGACGCUAUCCUGCAGGCCUUGUCGGCGUCUUUUGCUGCACUCAAGCAAGCAGCAUUGGACACGCAGAACGUUGGCGUUCAGGCCUCUGCAGUUCAGAAGCAAUUGUUAUCUAAAGAGAAGGAGUUCACUCACAUCACUGAGAGUAUCGAGCACCAUCGGAAGCGUGGAGAAGAACUACGUACCAAGUCAGUUCAGGUUAGUGUCGAGAUUGAGCAGGUUCGAGUUCGUUAUCGUGACCUCUCGGCCAAGGUUGUGCCUCCUGAGGAUUUUGAAGUUGCUGAAGUCGACAUCACGAAGUUCAAAGACAUUUUCACCGCGAUGGACACCUUCCUCAAGGAGGCGGCCCCUGCGGCCGGGCAGCAUGACCUGUCCGGCCUCAAGGGUAAGAUGCAAGCUACGCGCAACGCCCUUCAGCCGGGCAAGGAGCACCUCGCCAAAUCUGAGGAGGUGCGCAGGCCCAUGUGCAAGUCGGUCCAGCUGCUGUGCCGCAUCGUUCUGAGGCAUAGGCGCGUGGCUGGAGUCGUGCAGCGGCUCGGACAGCCGCCGUUCCUUGUCGCCAGCAUCUACUUGCACGAUUGCGAGCAGAUGAACGAUGCCAAUAUUUCUGUCCUCUCCGAUGCGAUGUCGCCUAGGUGUGAGCGGUGCGACCCGCUCGCCGUGGACGCCAGGGCCGCGCCGCCGUCGGCGCAGCAGGCUGUCAAUUUCUCUGUCGUGCAGUUGCGAGCUCUUAUCGCUCGCCCCGAGGCCAUCCUUGGGCCUCUCCCGUUCGCGUCGCCUGUUGAGUUGCGGGACCUCAGCCGCAGCAACUCGCGGGCCGCGGCCGUUUCGGUGGGCGGCUUCCACAUGAGCGUUCUCUGGGAUAUGUAUGAGUUCUAUGAACUGUUCGACCUGGAGCUGCUUCUGGACAGAUGCAGGCGCGCUGGGUUCUCUUUGCAGGUCUCCCGCCUGUGCGUGUUCGUCUACCAGUGCGCUAGAUUUACCUUGAUGAACGGCCGUGUCAACGGUCCGUGGCUGGCGAUUAAGGGGGUCAUCGCAGGGUGCUCGACCGCAACAACAUUCGCGCGUAUAUACCUUGUACUCGACCUGGACAGAUUGACGCUGCCAAGAUCGGUUACAUUCGAUGCCUACAUCGACGACUGCGCGCUCAAAUGUAUCGGCAGCAUCGAGACAGUCGUUAGAGACCACGCGUCUGCCUCUCGUGCUCUGCAUCGCGCCCUCACGCUCGAUUGCAAGUGUUCGCUCGGGAUCGAUCGCAACUCGGGGGCCACGGCUGGCAAGGUCAAGGCGCAUCGGAGUUUCGAUUCCGAGCUGCCUCCUCUCGAGGCUUUCCACCGCUCAGGCAACCGCGCGGCCGACCUGGCGGCGAAGCGUGGCGCUCUCCAGCACCCCGCUGCCUCGCCUGAGGUUCGCGUGAUGCUGUGGAUCGUGAGGCCCGAUCGGGCCAUUCCCGGCCGUGGGCGGGGGCUCUCUGGCAAUGUACUCAAUGUCUUCGAAGGAGGCGAUCUGCGGCGGAACCGCCUCCCGGUGCACAAGUUCGAGAAGCAGAACCUGGACGUGGUGGCCGCUCUCAUCAACUCCUUCGGAAUCCAGAAUGAGACGGCGAACGGCCCGUUCUGCUUCCCGCUCAUGGAGGGCCCUCCGGAGCUCACGUCCACGGAUAUCGACAUCAUAGCGGAAGCGCUGGGGGCAAUUGCGCAGGCUCGAUGCCCGCUGCCCCUGGAGUCGGAGGGGGCGCGCGUGUGGGUGGGCGGACUGCCCGCGCAGGUCGAGGAGGCAUCGCUGAAGGAGAAGUUCGAGCGCUUCGGGAAGAUAGAAUUCGUUGUUAUCCGACGUACGAAGAAGGACACCUACGCCUUCGUUCAAUUCUACUCCGCCGAGCAUGCCAGGCGGCCCCUCUGGCGGAGGGGGCUGGCGGCGUUCUCGAAGGAUGACAACUCGAUAGACCGCCGCGGCACCGUCGUCAAGGUGGCCCUCGCCAAGGCGCGGACCGAUCCACUGGCCGGCGUGAACGACCCAGCGGGAGGCGGCAAUGGUGGCAGGAAGCGGAGUGGCAGCCGCAGCAGCGGCCGCAGCCGAAGCCGCAGCACCGGCAACAGCGGGAGCCGCAGCGGCAGCCGCAGCCGCAGCCGCAGCAGCCGCGGCGCGCCGCGGUCGCAGCGGUCUGCGUCGCCGCAGAGGUCUUCCGCCGCCUCGAGCCCCUCGCGCCACCUCGCCGAAGCUCAGAAGAUGGCGAGCUGA